AUGUUUACUAAAUGUGAUGCCUCUUCAUUAGCUUAUAUUCGUAUAGUUGUCGGUAUUUUAUUACUAAUCGAUUUGGUAUAUGAAAGAGGUUUAUCUCGCGCUGAGUUAAUAUGGGGUAACCCUAAUGAAUGUCGGUUCCCAUUGUUUGAUGGCCUUAAAGUACUUCCGUUAAGAGCUAUGUUUGCUGUCUAUACUCUUAUGUUUAUUGGAGUCGUGGGAAUAAUAUUAGGCUAUAAAUAUAAGAUGAGUUGUUUUAUUUAUAUAAUAAAUUAUUGGUAUUUGUUUUUGUUGGAUAAAAGCCGAUGGAAUAAUCAUUCAUAUCUUUUUGGUCUUUUGGUUACAUUACUGUCCAUUUGUGACGCUAACUGUCAAUGGUCUUUGGAUAGGUUUUUAAAUAAACAAAUGGAUAAUAGGGUUGCUUUUUGGCAAUAUUUUCUUAUAAAAAGUCAAAUAUUUUUUGUUUAUUUUAUGGCCGGCAUAAAAAAGUUUGACACCGAUUGGCUAAAUGGAUACUCAAUGAAUUAUCUAUCGGAGCACUGGGUGUUUAGACCAUUUAGAUUGAUACUAUCAAAUGAAUCAAUAGAUUAUUAUGUCAUACAUUUGGGAGGAUUUCUAUUUGAUCUAACCAUUGGUUUCUUUCUAAUUUGUUCCUAUACUCAGUCCAUUGCAUAUAUAUUUUGCUUGAUUUUCAAUUUAAUGAAUUCCCGACUUUUUUCUAUUGGUAUGUUUCCAUAUAUGAUGAUUGCUGUGAUGCCAGUGUUUAGUGCUUACGAUUGGCCUAAAAAUAUGAUUCAAUUAAUAUGUAAUAAGAAGUCUAAUAAAAUUGAAUCAAAUUGUAAAUCUAUAAAGAGAUACAAUUCUGAUAAACAAAAUAAGUUUUCAUCAAAACAUAGACUGACUUUUGUCUUUGUAAUCAUUUAUAUAAUAAGUCAGUUAUUAUUACCAAAUUCCCAUUGGAUUACAAAAGGAUAUAACACAUGGACUAAUGGGUUGUAUGGCUAUUCAUGGGAUAUGAUGGUUCAUAAUUGGAAACACAUUCACACCACUAUUACUGUUGUCGAUAAAUCAAUGAAUAAGUUUUAUUUGAAUCCUCAGUCGUGGACACAAAGCAUGCGAUGGUCACAUCACUCAGAUAUGGUUAAGCAGUACGUUAUGUGUGCACAUAAAAGAUUGGUUAAUGAGUUUAACAUAACUGAUCCGUCAAUUUUUGUCGACACCUGGAUAUCACUAAAUGGACGAUUCGCUCAACGGGUUUAUGACCCCAGAGUAGACUUAGUGAAAGCUGAGUGGACACCAUUUAAAAGACCCGAUUGGGUUUUACCGAUACUUUCAUAUUUGGCUGAUUGGAGACAAAAGCUUAAACAAUAUGAAUAUGAAUUAUAUAAAGACAACAAUCAGACGGCCGUCAUCUUUAUGGCUGAUUUUCCAGGAAUGACACUUAAUUAUUACAUGGGAUCUGAAUUUAAUAACACAUCACUAGUUGUCCUAAAGGGUUGGCUUAAGCAUCAAAUUGUGGGUCAAUCGACUCGGAUUAUGAGUACCGGUGACCAAAUGGUAUUACCUGUCAAUUGUUACCACAAACUGACACCAAUUAAGUCUGAAACGUCCGCUUAUAUGUUUAUUUAUGUCAAUUCAAGUCUGUCGUUCAUUAAUCAUAUUACCAGUCAAAGUCACAAUCAAAAUCAUAGUACAAAAAAUACUAAUAAUGAAUCUGAAAAUAUCAGUCACAAUCCAUGGUUUCAAAGUUUACAAAACAUGUGGUCCGGAAUAACA